GAAAGAUGGUCAUCAUAAGGAGGAGGAACGUGAAAGUGUUUACCUUCGCCUUUUUGCUCAUCACGAUAUCGUCAUUUCUGCUGAACUACACGCACCAGGUGACCACGACCACCUGGGACCCGAGACAUCUCAUCAUGCAGUUUUCAGAGCAAGUCCAGAAGCUCUUCAAGUACCCCAGAAGACCGUGCAGCUGUCGCACCUGCAUUUCUGAGCUGGGACAUUCCCUCUGGUUCGAUCAGAGAUUUAAUUCAACUAUGCAACCUUUCCUGACCUCACAAAAUGCCUUGAUCCCUGAAGACAGCUACAGGUGGUGGCUGAAAUUGCAAGGAGAGAAAACUCCGAAGAAUAUUAAUGCUACUCUCAAGGAAUUGUUUGAGAUCAUUCCCGGGGAUGGGGAUCCACUGCAGGAACGAGGCACUUACACGUGCAAACGGUGCGCCAUCGUGGGCAACUCUGGGAACCUUCGGCAGUCUCAAUAUGGCCAAGAUAUUGACUCCCAUGACUUUGUGCUCAGAAUGAACCGUGCCCCCACCACUGGCUAUGAAUCAGAUGUUGGGAGCAAGACCACUCACCACUUCAUUUACCCCGAGAGCUACAAAGAGCUGGCAGAAAACGUGAGCAUGAUCCUGAUCCCCUUCAAAACCCUGGACCUGCGCUGGGUUGUCACCGCUAUCACCACCGGCACCAUCAACUUCACAUAUGUUCCAGUUCCACGGAAAAUCAAAGUCAAAAGAGAAAAGAUCCUGGUUUAUAAUCCAGCUUUUAUGAAAUACGUCUAUGAAAACUGGCUCCAGCAUCAUGGGAGAUACCCCUCCACAGGCAUUCUGUCUUUGAUAUUUGCACUCCACGUAUGCGAUGAGGUGAAUGUGUAUGGUUUUGGAGCAAACAGCAAAGGACACUGGCAUCACUACUGGGAAAACAAUGCUUCAGCUGGAGCUUUCCGGAAGACAGGUGUCCAUGACGGGGAUUUUGAGUUCAAUGUAACUUUGACUCUAGCCUCCAUGGAAAAAAUAAAUUUUUUCAAGGGCAGAUGACCCUGGCCACGGGGAAAAGUGGGGGCUGCAAUUUCCGACACGCAGCAGAACAAAGCUCGGUGAAGAUGAUCUGGGCGGCGGCCAGGUUUGAAUGGGUGAAUCUGCGGUGGAUUCGGAGCGCCUCACUGCUGCCAUGCUUCCCGCAGGGAGCUCUGCCGAGGACCGGCUUCCACGCUGCGCGUGACUUACUGUCUACAGAUAGCUGGGGACUACCAAUCAGUUGUGGGAAUAAAUGAAUCUCUGCUUAGGCUCUACAGCUUGUUUUCUGAAUUACUGGUGAAAGAUCUGCUUGUUGCAGUUAGGGGAAACCUGGGCACAGGAACUGCUUUGUGUGUCCGUUCUUUCCCCGAGUAAGGCAGGACAUCCUUGAAGAAGGGUGAAAAGAGCUUCUGGGACUUGAGACACACUAGGGCAGCUGUGAACAUCAUAGUAAGGAUUACCUCAAAGAUAUGAAUUCACUUCUGCUGUUGAUCUUCUUUUUCAACUCUCUCUUCUGUUUCCUCUAUUACUUCUUGUUUCAUGCUUUAUUAAGCAAAAACGUGAUGAAGUUGCCUGGAAUAGUAAAUAUUU